AUGGCAAAGGGCAGCAACUCCGCCGCUGAUGAUCCAUAUGACCAGUGUUUUAGCGGUGGUUGUAUCGAUAACUUGAGUGCUCAUAUUGGACAUCUAGAUCGUUCUCUGAAAAAGUCUUCAGGAACUGGUCUGUUUGACUGGAUAAACGAAAGAUCGGAGGAUGUUGAAGUGACAACUGCUGAUCUUCUUGAUGAAAAUCAGAGGUUUGGCGUACUAUCGCACGGAAUGCAACCUGACCCCAUAUUCAACUAUGGGAACAAAGCGAGUCUUGAGCUUUUUGGCUACGAGAUAAAAGAUCUUUGUCGAACUGCAAGUAGGCUUUCCACCGUUCCUGAGUUAAUGAAAGAUCGCGAAACCCUUAUCAAGGAAAUCGAGUCUCGCGGGUACGGAUAUAUCAGUGAUGCUGUACGGGUGAAAUCUGAUGGUGAGCUGUUUGUCAUAGAUAGAAUAUUGGUCUGGACAGUGUUUGACGACGCAGGAAGAAGGAUAGGUUUAGCGGCAGUGUACGACAGGGAGAAUGCAAGAAGUUAUGUUGCACCAACGUACCAGUAG